AUGGAAAAUCAGUUGGCUAAAUCAACUGAAGAACGAACAUUUCAGUACCAGGAUUCUCUUCCAUCUCUGCCUGUUCCUUCACUUGAAGAAUCAUUAAAAAAAUACCUUGAAUCAGUAAAGCCGUUUGCAAAUAAAGAAGAAUACAAAAGAACUAAAGAAACUGUCCAAAAAUUUCAAGAUGAUAUUGGAAGAAAACUGCACCAGAAAUUACUUGAAAGGGCAAAAGGAAAAAGAAAUUGGCUGGAAGAAUGGUGGCUGAAUUGUGCCUAUCUGGAUGUUCGCUUACCAUCGCAACUGAAUGUCAAUUUUGCUGGUCCUGCAGCCCAUAUUGAACACUACUGGCCUCCAAAGGAAGGCACUCAGUUGGAAAGAGGAAGUAUAAGUCUUUGGCAUAACUUCAACUACUGGCAGCUAUUAAGAAAGGAAAAAGUGCCUGUUGAUAAAUCUGGAAAUAGUCCUCUGGAUAUGAAUCAAUUCCGAAUGCUGUUUUCCACCUGCAGGAUUCCAGGAAUUACUAGAGAUUCAAUUACGAGUUAUUUUAGGACUGAGAGUGAAGGACAUUCCCCAACUCACAUUGCAGUGCUUUGUCGAGGCCGAGUUUUUGUCUUUGAUGUAAUUCAUGAAGGAUGUUUGAUCACCCCCCCAGAAAUUUACAGGCAGUUGACCUACAUUCACAAGAAGUGCCAUAGUGAACCUGAUGGACCUGGGAUAGCAGCAUUGACUAGUGAGGAGCGAACUCAAUGGGCUAAGGCACGAGAAUAUUUGAUUAGUCUUGAUCCAGAGAACUUGACUAUAUUAGAAAAAAUUCAAAGCAGUUUAUUGGUAUAUACCAUAGAGGAUAGCAGUCCACAUGUAACACCAGAAGAUUAUUCUCAGGCAACCACAAUGACCCUUAUAGGAGAUCCAGCUGUACGCUGGGGAGACAAAUCUUAUAACUUGAUUUCCUUUUCCAAUGGAGUAUUUGGCUGUAGUUGUGAUCACGCUCCUUUUGAUGCAAUGGCUAUGGUAAACAUCAGCCAUUAUGUUGAUGAGAAGGUUUUUGAGAAUGAAGGAAGAUGGAAGGGUUCAGAGAAAGUACGGGAUAUAUCACUUCCAGAGGAGCUUGUUUUCACUGUGGAUGAUAAAAUACUAAACGACAUUAAUCAAGCUAAAGCCCGAUAUCUCAAGCAGGCAUCUGAUCUGCAGGUUGUGGCGUAUGCCUUUACACCUUUUGGCAAAAAGCUAACCAAGAAGAAGAUGCUUCACCCUGAUACAUUUAUUCAGCUUGGACUUCAGCUGGCCUAUUAUAGACUUUAUGGACGCCCUGGCAGCUGCUAUGAGACUGCUACAACAAGGUAUUUUUACCAUGGCCGAACAGAGACUAUGCGCACGUGUACAGUAGAAGCUCUUGGGUGGUGCCAGUCCAUGCAGGAUCCUUCUACUGGUCUUCUUGAGCGGCAGCAGAAGAUGUUACAAGCUUUUGCAAAACAUAAUAAAAUGAUGAAAGAUUUUUCAGCUGGAAAAGGAUUUGACCGUCAUCUUUUAGGUCUUUUACUCAUAGCAAAAGAGGAAGGUCUUCCUGUUCCAGAACUCUUUACAGACCCACUUUUCUCCAAAAGUGGAGGAGGUGGAAACUUUGUUCUCUCAACAAGUCUGAUCGGUUAUUUAAGAACCCUGGGAGUGGUGGUUCCCAUGGUCCACAAUGGCUAUGGAUUUUUCUACCAAAUCAGAGAUGACAGGUUUGUUGUGGCCUGUUCAGCCUGGAAAUCAUGUCCAGAGACUGAUGCGGAAAAGCUAGUUCUGCUGGUGUUUCAGGCUUUCAAUGAUAUGAUGCAGCUGAUGAACACUGCUCAUCUUUAG